AUGAACGACGCAGUACCAAGAUUCGCGCAGAUAAAAGAGUAUUUGAGUCUGCAGAGCCGCGAUCCAAUCCAUGGGGUCGAAGCCUACGCACGUGUACAGCUUGCAGAUGCAGCAGCGAUCGGAAAUUCUCCUUGGAACCUUGAUCAUAACAAUGUACUUCUGCGGUGUAACGAGGUCUAUCGCAGGAGACAACCACAAAGGGCUCGGACGGCCCAAGGCAGAAUUAUCAAGGGCACCGGCUUCUGUGUACCAGACUCCAUAGAGUCUCAGCAGGACCAGAACUCAGCAAGAGCACGAUCCGGACCUUUCUCAGCCAAAGCAACACUCCCCCUUUAG